GAUCCCGAAAAAUACUUGAUAUUGCUAAUUGGACCUGACACAACACUAAUGCCGAAUUUGCUCAUCUCCACCAUUUUAAGCUACUUUUGGCGAAAUUAUCUCAUCCAUGUCAGUCUGCUGUACGAAAGUAAGCCCAACUAUGUGGAGGUCUACACGUAUUUUCCCUUUUUGGAGAACAGCGCUUGCAAAGCGAAUAAUGUGCGUGUCAUCAAUGCUUACAAUGGCACUUGGCAGAAGCCUUUGGAAGCGACCAUUUUUCCCAAGAAGCUGAUCAACAUGCAAAAUUGCUCACUAACGGUGGCCGUCUGGGAUGCGCCGCCUUAUUUGAGUUACUACCCCAAUAGAAGUGGCUAUGAGCGGCUGGGUUCGUUCGAAGGCGACAUGCUAGUCGAAUUGGCAAAGAAGCUGAAUUUCAGCAUGGAAUUGGUGGAACCGCCGAACAAAGAAUUGCGCGGUCAACGUUUGGCCAAUGGCACAUUAACUGGCGCUAUGAGACUGCUGCACGAACGCAUAGCCGAUAUCAGUCUGGGUUGCUUUCGUUACACUGUGCAACGUUGCGAGGUACUCACAGGCGCCUUACCCUAUUAUCAGACAUGGCAAAUCUUUGGCGUCAAACUGGCCGGACACACCUACUCAUCACUGGAAAUAUUCGCUUUUCCCUUCGACUUGGAGACUUGGUUCUGUCUGUUGAUUAGUUUUCAACUGAUUUUUUUACUAGCCUAUGCUAUAAAUAGUCGCUGUGAUCACUCCACGCUCGCCCAUAUCAUUGUCGGCUAUCCGCGUCCUCGUUCGCCGCUCACCAAUACUUUAAGCCUAUUUCUGGGCAUUCCAAUAGAGCAAACUCCACGUACAAAUUUCGCACGAUUCGUCCUAAUUAUGUGGGUAAUCUAUGGCUAUGUGAUGCGUAAUGCCUAUCAGAGCUUUCUCUAUCAACUGCUUCAAACUGAUCUUUAUCGAACGCCACCACAAAACAUUUUCGAACUUAUCGAAAAAGGUUACUCGCUAAUUAUGACCGAAAAUACACUAGAAACGGUGAGCGCGGCGCCUCUGAUCCAAAACGGUCGCAUAGCCGUCAUCAUUAAUAAUAACACAUACGAGUGGAAGUCAUACGAAAUGGUGGAGGAGUUGGGUGGUAAUUUGGCAGCCGUAACACCUAAGGACUAUCUCACCUUCUACAUGAUGGUGAAACAUAAACGUGGCGCUUUCUAUGUGCUACCCGAUAGGUUCUUUCCACAGCACAUCACGAUGUAUUUCCCAAAGCAUAGCUAUUUGAUUGUGCGUUUCAAUGAAUUACUAAUGCGACUGCGCAGUCAAGGCCUAAUCGAUUACUGGGCGGAGAAGCAUCUAGACCUGAGUUAUUAUGAUUUAGUUGCUGCAGUUAACGACGAUGCACUGGCAAUGAACGAUCUUUGGGGAGUAUUUGCCAUAUAUCUUGGCAUGGUUAGCUUAGCCGUUCUGGUAUUUUUUGUUGAAUUGCUGUGGCAUAGCCUAACAUAAAUUGUAAAAUGGUCGUCAUGUGUGUAAGGAGGAACACAGUUUCAUCUAGU